AUGGCACCCACGAAGCGGAGGCAUCGGGUCCACGGAGGUGUACUGUACAUAGGUCACAUACCGCACGGUUUUUACGAAAGCCAGAUGAAAGGCUUCUUCUCGCAGUUCGGACGUGUACGUCACGUGUUCUUGGCACGAAGCCGCCGAACGUGUCGUUCUCGGGGGUAUGCUUUUGUGCACUUUGAUGACGCAAAAGUGGCUCAUAUUGUAGCGGAAACUAUGGACGGGUACUUGCUGUUUGGAAGACGCCUCGUGGUGCGCGAGCUUCCCCCAGAACGACUACACCGGGCCGCACGUCUCCGAGUGCUGCAGCGAUCGCGACCGGUGUCCACUCGGGUUGUGGAACGGCAGCGCUUUCUCCGUGAUCAGGCUGCUGUUGGCGCUGCGCAGAGCAACUGCUGCCGAAGAAGGAAGCUGGAGAAACGCUUGGAAAGCCUCGGGGUUCCAUUUUCAGCUCAGGAUGUGUGGCGGAGCCGCGAGGUACUCGCACUAGCGGAGACCUCUUGA